GCGGAGCCUGCUGGUGAAGGAGCUGCUGAGCCUCUCGCCCAGCCAGUGCAGCCACAUGCUGCGCAACAUGCCCCUCAGCCUGGCAGAAAAACGCGCCCUCCGGCAGGAGCUGAGUGUGCCCAGGGGCUCCCCGAGGCAGCACACGCAGGACUGGACCCCCUCCGCUCCCUGCGGGUGGUCCAAAGACUAUGUUGUCCUCGGCUGCCGGGACUUCUGGUACAGGCUCCUCUCCCCGCUCCCCGCGGCGCAGCCCUGGCACUACGCCCUGAAGCAGAUCAGCGGCCGCUUUGGCUCCAGCGUCCUCUCCUACUUCCUCUUUCUCAAGACGCUCCUCAUGUUCAACAUCAUCUUAUUCCUCAUCCUCCUCAUCUUUGUGGUAGCCCUGCAGGCUGCGUAUCCCCCUCCCCGAGCCAGCCCCCAGCCCUUCACCGGCCUCGAGCUCCUCACUGGUGCGGGCUACUUCACUCACUCGCUGCUGUACUACGGCUACUACAGCAACGUCACCCUCAACGACCCCUGCACCUCCGGCCCCAACGGCAGCGUGUACCCCCUCGCAGCCCCCCUGCUCCCAUACAACAUGCCGCUGGCCUACGUGUUCAGCGUUGGGGUCUCCUUCCUCAUCACCUGCAUCCUGCUGGUGUACAGCAUGUCCCACUCCUUCGGGGAGAGCUACCGCGUGGGCAGCCCGGCGAGGGACCUGGCCGUCAAAGUCUUCUGUGCUUGGGACUUCAAGGUGAUCCAGAGGCGCUCGGUGAAGCUGCAGUGUGAGAACAUCCGCACCCAGCUGAAGGAGCUGCUUGCGGAGCAGCGGUCCCGCUCCCGCUCCCUGAGCCUCGGCCAGCGCCUGGGGCACACUGCUGUGCUUCUGCUGGCCUGGGCCCUCUCGCUGAGCACGGUGCUGGUCUGCAUGCUGGCUGUGUACUACUUGUCGGAGCACAUGCACGUGCAGGACCACCGAGCCCAGGGCAGCGGCAAGUGGCAGCAGGAAGCCAUGCUGCUGGUCCUGCCCCUCGUGGUGUCCCUCCUCAACGUGCUGAUGCCCCGCCUGUACAACUUGCUGGCAAUGUGGGAGAAGCAUGAUUCCCCCGUGGCAGAGGUCUACGUGGCCAUCUGCAGGAACCUCAUUCUGAAGAUGGUGGUCCUCGGGCUGCUCUGCUACCAGUGGCUGAGCCGGAGAGCCAUCUGCUCGACAGAGUGCUGGGAGACCUGCGUGGGGCAGGACCUGUAUCGCUUCGUGGUGAUGGAUUUAAUAUUCACCCUGCUGGACACGCUCUUCGGGGAGCUGGUCUGGAGGCUGAUCUUGGAGAAGAGGCUGAAGAAGAAGCAGAAGCCCGAGUUUGACAUCGCCCGAAACGUGCUGGAGCUGAUCUACGGGCAGACGCUGACCUGGCUGGGUGUCCUCUUCGCACCACUCCUGCCGGCCGUGCAGAUACUGAAGCUGCUGCUGCUGUUCUAUAUCAAAAAGACCAGCCUGAUGCAGAACUGCCAGUCCCCCAGCAAGCCCUGGCAAGCAUCACACAUGAGCACCGUCUUCAUCACCCUCCUCUGCUUCCCGUCCUUCCUGGGCACAGCCAUCUUCCUCUCCUACACCAUCUGGUCGGUGCGGCCGUCAGAAACCUGCGGUCCCUUCCAGGGGCUGGAAACCAUCUCCAAGUCAAGGAAGACCUGGAUGCAAUUGCUGGAGAAGUCCAACCCGAACAUUACCUGGUUCGCCUGGGUCCACCAGCACCUGGUGGAGAACACCUUCCUCCUGUUCUUCCUAUCCGGGGUCCUAAUAGCCUUGAUCUACUUCAACAUCCAGGUGGUGAGAGGCCAGCGGAGGAUCAUCUGCCUGCUGAAGGAGCAGAUUUCCAACGAAGGGGAAGAUAAAAUAUUUCUCAUUCAGAAGCUUCACUCCGUUUACGAGCAGAGGGAGGGACGCGCCUGAAUCCCGGGAAGGAGCGGGACAGGACAGGGCUCUGCUUGCAGCUGGGGACUGGAUCCAGCCCUCUCUGAGCCAUCGCAGCCUGGUGCUGGAAGCAGCGGGGCCGUGGGGUGCUGGGGAAGGCCAUCUCCUCCGGGUUGCAGUGGCCAAGGAUCCACCGGGGCACAUUGUCCAGCAGCUCCAGGGGGAUGCUGUGGCACAGGGCUGCUG